GCCAGCUCAUCCUCAGGGCCAGAGGGGCUUACGGUCACCUUGUGCACCACAGCCUCUCCCUGUUUCCUACAGCUGAGCUCUGGAGUCUGGAAAGGAAGAUCACAAGUGAUUUAUCUCCAACAGGGCCCAAUCUAGGGGUGAUGCUGCAGCUCAAGAGGGAGCCCAGCUUGGUUAGGGGGUCACCCCAAACUGCUUUAAAUGCCUCCAGAUAACACGCAGGCCCAAACACGUGACCCUCUCAGCUACUCAGCAAUCAUGCUCUGGGUAAGGGGCCAACGAUAUGUAUGGGAGGAUACCCUUAGAGCAAUAUUCCCUCUAUUUUUCCUAUCCAUGUGCAGAAUACAUUUUGUUAUGAGCAUUAAGGCAUGUGCAGAUGUGCACCACCAAAAGAAACACAUGGUGCCGGCCGGGUGGCACCUGAAUCUCUCCUGAGCGGCCGCCCAAGCACAUAGUUUAUAGGAAACACUGCCCUAAGCAUCAUAGCUGUAUCCAUGGAAGUUUCAUCACCCGAACACCUCGCGAUGGCAGGCAUAUGAGGGAAAAGCUCUCAGGGGUUCCAUGCAGUCUUGCCCUCACUCAGGAGCCAGCCUCCCACAGAUUCUCUAGCCCAGGGUGCUCUCCCUAAUCUGUGGAUGAGAGGGGUCAAAAGCCCUUGAUCUGUCUGACUCAGGUUACCUCAGGGUACCUCAGGGUAGGGCAGGCCACAGACUGAGAGAGGAGAUGGAGAAUGCACGGAGGAGGGGGGAGGGAAAGGACAUGCCCCUGGAGGAGGAACGGGAGGAGACAGAUCGUGUGACGGGUGCCCCUAAGGGCGGAGCAGCUGAUCACAAACGCGUGUGUGGACGGGACGGGCAGCCAGCGGGGGCACAGGUGCAGUCCUUGCCGCCAGAGUGAUGCCUGCCUUCCAGUUCUUGCCAUUCUCAGCCCUGCUGGGCACCGUGGGGUUCCUGUGCGUGACCUUCGUAAGCUUCUGGACCCAGCACUGGCGCGGUGGCUUUGCCUGGGAUAGAUCUGCCAAGGUGUUUAACUGGCACCCGGUCUUCAUGGUGACGGGCCUGGUGGUGCUCUAUGGGGCAGCGGUGCUGGUGUAUCGGGUGCCCAGGUCCUGGACGGGCCCCAAGCUCCCAUGGAAGCUGUUGCACGCGGCAUUGACCCUGGCAGUCUUUGUCCUGGUCGUGCUGGGGCUGGUCGCUGUCUUCCAGUACCACGGCAAGAGCAUCGCCAACAUGUACUCGCUGCACAGCUGGCUGGGGCUGGCGGCUGUGCUGCUCUGCUCCUGCCAGUGGCUCAUGGGAUUCGCUGCCUUCCUGUUACCCUGGUCCCCUGCCUGGCUGCGGCUCCUCUACAAGCCUAUUCAUGUCUUCUUUGGCUCCACCAUCCUCGCCCUGUCCAUGGCAGCAUCCAUCUCCGGCAUCAACGAGAAGCUCUUCUUCAGCCUGACGAACAAGACCAUUCCCUAUGAAAGGCUCCCCCCUGAGGCCUGGUUCGCCAAUUCUCUGGGGAUGCUGAUCUUGGUCUUUGGGUUGCUGGUGCUGUGGGCUCUCGCCACACCGGCCUGGAAGCGCCCGGAGUCUGAGCUACUGGAGGCCCAACAGGACAAGUGGAGCUGCUGCUCAGGCCUGCAGGGUGACUGACUCCAGCGAGAAGGGCAGCUCGGUGGUCCUGCGUCUGGCACCAAACUGUUUCCAGAGCCUGCCCAGUACAGAGCCGAUGGGAAGAGGUGCUCGCUGUGCUGGGAUUCCCUCUCGCCUGGCUGCUCUCGCGGAUCCCUGGCUCUCGCCGCUCCCCUGCCUUCCACUCUGGGCUCCUGCACGUGCUGCUUCUCCCUGGGAUUCAGCAGGCAGCCCUGGGCUUGCUGGCUCCUCUUGCCAGUGCUGCUGUGCCCGAGGCCCUGGCGGAUGCUACACCUUAGCUCACCUGGGACAAACGGCCCUGCUGUGUGGCACUUGGCCUGGCAUCAGCUCUGCAGGGAGUGGCUGGGUGGAAGGAGCCAGUGUUGGAUGCUCUGCUGUCACAGCAUGCAGGAGCCUGGUGCUCAGCAGGCUGGGCUGCGGCCCGCUUCCCUUUCCUUCUGCCUGCCUCCCACUUCUGCAACUCUCUGGCACUGUCCCCGGUGACUCAGAAGAGACUCUGCUAGGACUCAACUCCAGGUUUGCUUCCAGCCCUGGUCAUGCUCCCUCCCCCUUCCUGGGGAGCUGUUGUCCCAGCUCGCUGAGUGGAGGAAGCAGGUGAGUUUCCUUCUGCCAGGAGAGGCUGUGGAGCAGGAAGCUGAAGCCCUUGUCCGUGCAUCGCUGUUCUGGGCUGGGGAGUCGGGCUGUUGUGUCCCAGACUUCCUGGGAGGAAUUGUCUGGAGCCAUGAGGGUGGCUCUUCUGCCCUCCCUUUGCUCAGCAUCCACGAACUCUGCAGCCAGUGCUCAGAAUUCACCCACCUGCAGCUCUCCAUUUGGAUUUAGGCCAGCUGUGGGCAACCCAGGCGAGUGAGUGGGCCGCAUGGGAGGCCCUCCUUCAGCUCUGGGCCACAAGAUUGUCACAACCAAGACAGUUUCCCAGGAUUAGGCAAUUUUGCUAACUGCACUUCUAUACUUAGAAUUUGCAGGGAGGGGGCGACGGAACCGCAGCAGCGCUUUGAGGGGAUGUGGCGGAAGCGCACGGCUCUUGGUCAGUGUGUGCAGUCGGCCUGCACCUCUCUUCACGUGCCCUGGCUUUACAUGCGUGUCACUCUGGUAAUACUGGUAGGAAAAAAACGACACAGAUGGAAACCAAAGCAAUCUGGCAACCCUGUGCGUGGGCGAACAAAAUGUCUGGCGGGCCACAUGCAGAACCCUGAUGGGCUGCAGGUUACCAAUGACUGUAUUGCCCUCUCUGGGGCUAUAUCACAAGGCUGUGUCUAGACUGGCAAGUUUUUUCCGCAAAAUCAUCUGCUUUUGCGGAAAAACUUGCCAGCUGUCUACACUGGCCGCUUGAAUUUCCGCAAAAGCACUGACGAUCUCAUG